AAUGAUCGACACAAACCUUCUUCGGGUGACAGUGUGCGAUGAAGGAGAGCUCGAAAAGAGCACAACGCAUUUUAUUGGAUCUCGAAAAAUAGAGCCGGAGCAAUGGAUUACGUGGGCGAGCGAAUGCAAAUACUUGCCCGAAUCUGACGCUGUUGCUCUUUGUGCAACAUUAAUCGAUCGUCUAUCACUGGAAGCCAAUGUGGUGCCCGUUUCGUCGCCUGUCACAAUUUGUGGAGAUAUUCAUGGACAAUUUUAUGAUUUACUCGAAUUAUUCAAAACUGGCGGCACAGUUCCCAACACAAAAUACGUAUUCAUGGGAGAUUAUGUGGAUCGAGGACAUUACAGUCUGGAAACUGUUACACUGCUUUUUUGUCUUCUUCUCAAAUAUCCGAAUCAAAUCACACUGCUCCGCGGAAAUCAUGAAUCUCGUCGAAUUUCCAAUGUUUAUGGAUUCUACGAUGAAUGUCAGAAUAAAUAUGGACACGGAAAUGUGCACAAAUGGUUCUGUAAAGUAUUCGACGUUCUUCCAAUUGGAGCUUUAAUUGAUGAAUCAGUACUGUGUGUACAUGGAGGACUUUCACCUGAUAUUCGAACAAUUGAUAGUCUUAUGUUACUUGAUAGAGCUCAAGAAGUUCCUAAUAAGGGUCCUCUAUGUGACAUAAUGUGGUCGGAUCCGGAUGAUGACGUCGAAGAUUGGGUGAUUAGUCAAAGAGGAGCUGGAUUUGUGUUCGGAGCAAAAGUGACAGAAGAAUUCCUAAUGAAUAAUGAUCUUUCACUACUUUGCCGGUCCCAUCAACUCGUUGACGAAGGAUUUAAGUAUAUGUUUAAUGAGAAACUCGCUACCGUUUGGUCGGCUCCAAACUACUGCUAUCGAUGCGGAAACGCGGCGGCCGUAUUCGAAAUCGACGGAAACAAUCGCUCGACGAAAUAUUUCAACGCAGUUCCCGAUGGAAGCCGUGAGAAGCCGGAUCGUGUCGUUGCUCCGUAUUUCCUCUAAAUAUUACCUCACACCUGCCUGCCUAUUUCUAUUUCCGCCACAGCUACAUAAUUUAAUUAUUCUUUAAAAUUUAUGGUGGAAUAGUGUAAAUCGCUUUUUAAAAAACCCAAAAAAAAACCUGCCAAAAUAAUUGAAAUUCCAAAAAAAUCCCACAAAAAACAAUAAAAUUCAAGCUAAUUUCCCGUAAAAUUUGACAUUUUCCCCUGAUUGGUCAAAAAAGGGCGGAGCAAAUCGCUGAUUGGUCCUGCAAUCAGAGGCUUGUUAAUUCUUUUUUUCGACCAAUUAGCGAUUAGCUUCGCCCAUUUUUCGACCAAUGACCGGGGAAAUUUGUCAAAAGUUGAGCAAAAAACAUGAAUUUUUCAUUAUUUCUGAAUUUUUUCCGGGUUUUUAUCGUUUUUUUGUCAAUUUUCAUCAUUUUUUGCUAUUUCAAAGCAAAUUCACGCUAUUCCAUCUUGAAUUUUAAUGUUUUUUGUCUGGAGUGGACCCCCUAUAAAAGCCUCGGUUCCUCGUGUACUUGAUCUUCAUUUUCCCCCAUUUUGUGUGUAUUCUCUCUCUGAUUUUUCACUUUAUUCUCAUGUUUUUCCUUCUUUCAGCUCCUGUUCACUUUUUUCCGUCGUGUUCCCCCUUUCUCUUUCUCUCAUUCCUUAAUUUAAUUUUAAUGUGUGAACAAUUAUC